CGAUUCCACGGAUGUCUGUGGGACAGUAUGACCAUUAUGCUUUGCGUGGUGCAGCCCUAUCGUGGCGUUGCCGGGUUCAGUCACGACGACAACAACAACCACCACCACCACCACCAUCCCUCGCGUAUGACGAUUGUACGUCAGUUGCAAUUCCCAACAAAUCCCACCCGUGUUUCUAUGAAUAAUGGCCCUGUUGGUUGGCCGCUACGCCCAGACACCAUCGCGAUCGCCGAGGCUGAACUCUGCGCCGGCUCAUUGGCCGCUGCCCUGUCACUGCACGCUUCCGGCUUCACUGCUACUCCAGGACCAGAUAACAGGUGUCAGAGCACAAUGCCAAGGGGGGAAACGAGUCAAUUGUUCGUCCACUCGGGUCGAGCGGUGAUACCCGGAAUCUCGUCACUCGAGGACCCCCUCGACUAAUAAUACCAAAACACAGACACCAAGGACUAGCAACUACGAGUAAGCGGCAUGAUGAUCAGAGCCUGUCAUAACUAGAUUCUCUCAAUUCCCUCGUCACGCAGCGAGCAUUAUGCAGAAUCCCCACUGGUCUGUGGCGAGUGCGCCAACUGUCAUGGAUUGCAUAUCGCUACUGGGCGUUGACGGCUGAAUGACGAGAGCAAGGGCCCUUGUCCACGGGUGUAUGAUCAGCUUUAUGCAUAUGAUCACUUGGCCAGCCAGACGAGAUCAGAACCUUCCAGACACUGAUAAUUCCCGGCGACAUGGAUCUUCAUCAGCCUUACACCGGCAUGCAGCGGGGAUGUGCAGCGCCGCUAGUUAACCAGAAGCAACCCUCAUUUCGAUCACCCGGGUUGGAGUCCCAUUUCUCAUCUCACAUAUUGGGGUCGUAUGCACUUGGGCUCUGCGAUUUAAUCUAGAAGCCGCAGUGACUAUGUGCCCAGGCUCGGGAUGGUGCUAUUUUCAUGCUACGGUUUCAUCGACCUUUGUGAUAAUUUGUCCCGAAUGCCUGCUGCAAUUGCUCUUAAUUGAUAGCCGUCUCGUGCAAAUUGCUCUUCUGGCGGUUGCAUCCCCUGUGCGGCCGCUCGCCUUAUUACUCCUGCUGGGAUUGAGUUAUGCCAUUCCCCGUGGACUCGUCAUUUGGGGGCAAAUUCCUUCUUUGGCCUACGAAUUGUGCAUGUGGUUCAGGGCGUACUAGACGACACGGACGUAACGGACGAGAUGAUGCGAGUGAGGGGAAUGGGGCGAACGGGGGGAAACAUUGAGGAGACCGAAGGGAAUAAUUAGAAAUCGCAAUUUGCUUUAAUUACCGCUUGCUGAUGGGCCAUGGGCCUGCAAUGAGACGUCAGAGCAGCCCGUAAUUUCCUCUUCCUGCUGUCUGUUACAGGGCCGUGUUCAUAGUGUCUGUUGGUAACGAAAUACCGCCCGUACUUGGCCCGGUAGGGCUGAAGCUUGGCAGCGACAACUAUUUCCUGUGCACUUUCAGCCACGGUCUGGGCAUUCCCGUCUCGCGAAUCCGGACGGCAGGACGCCACGCAAUCAUCCUGUCCAUCUGGUUGUAGAUUCUGCGCUGCGUGUGAGCUCAGCAAUACCUAGCUUUCCAUCAGGGCCGCCGUACGGACGGAGACGUGGGAUUACUCCGUAUGUAAUUAUUAAUUGCGAUCCAUACUUGCUCCGUAUUUUCUCAUAAAUGGAGACGCGUGGCAGCG